GUACCACACCCCGAGAGAAAUGUUUCCUGUAACCACCCAUCAUCAUCCACACGAGACGACUGGUGCCAUGGAGACGGACACUGUGGCCACUGCGGCAGCUGUCUUGGCUCAACUGGAGCCGAGACGGGCAGCCCUCUUCCAGCAGCAGUAUCACCAUCCGCCACCAACUCCCCCAACGGUGGCUGUCAAUGCUGCCAUUGCUACUACUCCCAUUACGACUACCAAAGUGCGGGCCACUCGCCAAACUCAAACGAAAAAGCGUCGUCUGGAGGAAGAAGAAGAUGACUUGGAGCAGAACGAAGACGGUGAAACUGACAAGGCUUCUAAACACAACACCAAAAAGAAGACCCGCAAGAAACGAACGGCCAAGAGGACACUGCCUCCCCACUUGGAAUCGCUGUAUCAACAACUGACGAACAAUGGACGGUGCAUGGAUUCAAUCCAGAAAGAACAACAAGAAGCGGCUCGACUCGUGGCAGAAGCACAGCGACGACUCGAUGCGGCGAAUCGGCAAGCGGAGCACUUGACUCGAAAAAAGGAAAUUUUGGAGGAACAAAUACUGACACGAGAGCUUUCGCUCGACAAUAAUAAUGAAUUCACGCAACACUAUCAUCAACUGGUGGCUUUUCAGCAAGAGUUUGGACAUGUCAAUGUGGCACUGGAACGCCCACAUGGGGCUUUGAAUGCGUGGGUCAAACGAAUGAGGCGCAUCAAGGCAUUGCGUCAGGCGGGGGACAAAUACCAAGCACCUCAGUGGAAGUACUAUCUACGAGCUCUGGAUCGCAUUGGAUUUGUGUGGGAUGUCGUCAAGGAUCAAUGGAAGAUACAAUUUGAUAAGAUGCUAGCCUUCAAGCAGGAAAAUGGUCAUUGUUGUAUACCCAAAGCCUACAAGAAAGACAAGGCAUUGGGAGCAUGGGUCCACAGGCAACGCUAUCAUUACAAACUCUACCAUGAAGGCAAACCGACACAAUUGACACCGGAACGAAUCCAACUGCUCAAAUCGGUGGGAUUCUCCUGGGGUGGCGAUGCCAAGAGUCCCGUCGAUGUCACGGCUCCACCUCGUCCCACCAAACCGCGAAAUGGCCAACACAAACGGACUCCCGAACAAGAAUGGGAACACCAUUUCCAACUCUUGCUGGAAUUCCAAAAACAGCACGGACACGUUAAAAUCAGUGCCGUCCAAGUCAGCCAUCGCAACAAUCAACUCCGAGAUUGGGCGGCAUGGCAACGACGGGAAUACAAGAAAUGGAAACGACAAGAGCCCAGUCAUGUCACGUCGGAACAUGUCCGACGACUGCAAGAGAUUGGCUUUUCUUGGGAAGUGUGGCCCAAUAAGACUCAACAACAACAGCAACAAGGCUGACAGCCCUCGCGCCCAAAACGAACUUGCUGUCUGUAGCCAGAAUCGAAUCGAAUAGAAUAGAACAGAAUCGAGCUGUGAUGUGGACGUUACUUUGCCAUUACACCAUUGAUUUUAUCGACAACUUCUAAAGGUACCGAAAGAGCUGCACAAGCGAAACACGACGGGUGUCAACGUUGUCACUUCUUUGGUGGGGUUUUUGUGUUGAUGGUUGUGGGGCUCAUGCCUGCCGUUCGGUAUGCUGCAGGAGUGGCACCGACUCUUCGCACACUGCACUAUUGGUUCUGACCAAAUGUCAAUAUUGAUGCACCCUGCCCAGUGCGGUACCGGUAGCCCUUCGUCGCUCGUAGCAUUGGGCAAAUCACCCUAGCUAGUAGUAUUUUGACCAUCCAAGACCGCAUGUUUUGGUGCAUCG